UUCGUGUUCUACCUGUUGGACGUGGCGCUCACCACGGCCACGUGGAUCGUCGGCAAGCUCACCUCCUCGCUCGCCGUCGCCAAUUGCCCGUGGUGCGACCACCAGUUCACGUUCGACAGGAAUGCGGUGGCGCAUGGAGCACCAGUGUGCCCGUCCUGCUUGCGCUCCAUGAAGUAUGAAGAUGGCCGGUUUCAGCAAGCGGACGCCAGCAGCCGUGGCUUCAAUUCCCAAUCAAGGUCGCAAUCUCAAGACAAGCAGGGAUGGAGGGCGACGGGGACAGACAGAGUGGUGGACGUGGAGGCCACAAUAGUUGACAAGGAUUAG